UACUGAAUGACCAAGGACCUCGAGACGUCGACGCGUUCAUGGAAAUCAAGGAGGUACACAACGAGCUUCUAGAGAUGAAGGCCAAAUAUGCACAAGAUAAAUUCAAGAUCGAAAACUUUAUCGUGGGAUUACGGAACAGAAAGAUCAGAAACGAAAUAUUGGGAAACUAUCGAGAUCAUCCUGCUUCAGCGGGCCUCACUGUUUUCUGCGUUUCUAACUCCGUGUACCGGGAGUAUCGCCAAAAGGCUGUUGCCGAUGCUAUUCCAUGGCUCAACAUGAGUAAUAUCAUCAAUUUGAGGCGACACUGUGUUGGGAUAGUAGCGGAAAGCCAUUUACGUGCGGCUCUGGCAUACAUGAAUGAUGACUUUCCUGCCUUCCUUGGAUCUACGCAACUCUGGCUUGAGGCAGGCUCAGGUGGUACAAGUGCUGAACGCAAGAAGGUUAUUAUAGACGCAGUCGCUUUGGUACAGGAUCGGCUUGAUGAGAUGACUGCCCCAUUCUCCGAUGUAAACACCGUCUCAGAGGCCAUCUUCUCUCAAUUUUCUGACUCUAUCUCGUCGGACAUGGAAGCACAUACUCGUCAAUGGAGUCACGCAUCAAGGAAAGCGGCCAAAGAUUGGAGGGGUUGGUAUCAUACCACAUUUGCAGCCUGGUGCCGAAACUAUGGAAGCCACCAAACACGCCAGAUGGAAUAUCACUGCUGGAAUGAAAUUGCCAUCGAACAAAUGGCAAACGAUAUUCUACGAAUGUGGCGAGUUUUCAAGAAUGACGUGGACCAAAUCAUCAACAGGAUGAAGGCCGACAUAACAAAUGACCUACGAGUGGUCAUCGAAAUCACGCAUCGCUCAUCUAGGAUAUCGGAUGCGGCUAAAAGGUCGCUGAUGACACUGAUGAGAACUAUCCAGCACCGCCGGCUCUACCUAAAUUACGCUAUCGAAUGUGCCAUAGACGAUCAUCAAGCUCGUAUGCAAAAGCUUCGAGUAGACCUUGUUUCUAGCAUACAGUCAUCGAUCAUUGGGCAGCGCAUGGUCCCAUACUACAAAGCUAGUAUCAGGGAAUGCGGUGGCGGUAGUGACCUUCGUAAAAAGGCAAUAAUUUGCGACGAUGCAUUUGGUUCCGAAACUUUAUUUGACGGCCAUCGAACGGAUUUUAGGGAACGAAUCUUCGCAAUCGGAGAGGAAUUUCAGCAAGCCGUCACUGAGGUGAUAAAGAAGGAGGUCACUAUCAUCUCGAUCGAUCUGGAUUCUCUUCGUGACGACAAUGUGAUCCAGGAGUCGGAGAGAAACCCUCGCUUUCGAACGGGGCUUACGGAGACAUGUGACGAAGUGCAGACACUACUGGAUGAUAUCCGCAGAGUUGUGGAUAGUGUCACGAGCAGUGCCUAGUCGUUUGAAUGUUCAUAGUUUUCUUUUCAUCUUGAG